AGCGCAGCGGGCGAGCGGCGAGGAAAUCCACGUAGAAGAAUAAGAAGACGCACCGGAAGUGAGCGGAGCGGGAGAUCUGAAAACGUAAACAAACUUGUCGCCGUCGUUCUCGAUUCUUUCAGUUUGCGAAAAUGUUGAAAAAGGCGCCGAGGCUGAAGAACACGAUCAAGAUGAAGGCGAAGGGGAACGUGAACGUGAGGCCGGCGUCCGAAGCGAUGAUUGAACUGAUCACGCUGUUGUUCCUGAGCAGCCUGGCAGAGGAGGCCAAGGCCAACGCGUUUGAGGAAAAGUCUGCAACCAUCAGAGCUCAUCACGUGAAAGCAGUCUCCAAGAAAAUGCUGAAAAAAGCAAGAGGAUGAAGAAGGCAGAAGUGCAUCAUUAUAGUUUUAUUUGAACAUUGUCAUGAAUCGCAGCAGCAAUAUUUUUUGCUUUUUAUGACAAAAUAUUUUGUUUUCUUCUGAAAUUAUUUUUUUUGCAUUUUCUAUAUAUUUCAUUGUGCAAGCAAAUGGCCUGUAUCUCUUUUCCUGCUUUAAUAGUUUUAUUAAAUUCCUGUGAAUCUUAAAAUGC